UUGAAUAUUAUCGGUAAGGAUUUAGCCACGCGCCAGAUUCUGCCUAAAUCCCUAAGAAAAACCCUGCCGCCAUAGCAUACUUCCUCCUGGCCUUCACUCGGCGGCAAACUCUCCCCUCCCCAGGCCCAUCUAUAUCUCUCUUCUCUGCCGGACGUCUAGUCGUCUCUCUCCCAAUCCUUCAUCAUCCUCUUCCAUUCACCGGCGGCUCACACUGCUGGUAAGAUUGGUAGCUACAUGGGGGCCAAGGCAAAGAAAUCCUUGAAGAAGAAAUUGAUUAAAGCUUCAAUUUCCAGUCGCAAGAAAGAAGAUGCUGUUUUCACGCCAUUAGUGGGUGGUCCAGAGCGUGAACUUCCUGAAGGAAAGCCAACAGAAGACACUGCAAAAGUUGUAUAUAUUGGUCGAAUACCACAUGGGUUCUAUGAGAAGGAAAUGGAAGGUUUCUUUGGACAAUUUGGUGCAAUCAAGAGAGUUAGAGUUGCCCGGAAUAAAAGGACAGGAAAUUCGAAGCAUUAUGGUUUCAUCGAGUUUGUGGAUCCUGGGGUGGCAAAAAUUGUAGCUGAUACUAUGCAUAAUUAUUUGUUGUUUGAACACAUUCUGCAAGUCCAUGUUAUACCCCCAGAGAAUGUCCAUCCAAAACUAUGGAAGGGUUUUAAUUACCGAUACAAGCCAUUGGAUUGGGUACAAAUUGAACGAAAGCGGAAUAACAAGGAAAGAACAUUGGAAGAGCACAAGAAGUUGGUGGAGCAAAUUAUUAAGCGAGAUGAGAAACGUCGAAAGAGGAUAGAGGCGGCUGGUAUUGAUUAUGAGUGCCCAGAAAUUGUUGGUAGCACCCAACCUGCCCCAAAGAAGAUAAAGUUUGAUGAUUGACUAGGAUUCUGAUGUCAUCGCGUCUUUGCUAGGUCUGUGUGGAAGGAGAAAAGAGCGAAAUAUAUAUAUAUAUAUAUAUAUAUUUUUUUUUUUUUUUCCGGAGAGAAGGCUUUUUGGAUACUCCCAGUGCUAAUGUUUGUAGUUUGCGUUAGGACCUUUAUCUUGUACUUGCUUGGUUAACAGGCUUCAUAAAAAUUUUCAAUGGACUGGAUGUAGAAAAUGCUAUUAUUAAAAAGAGGAAAGCCAUCAUGGUCUUUAAAUUUUCAA